AGACAAACAAAUUAGACUAUACGAUGGAUGAGUGUUUUCAUGAAAAUGAUUACCACGUGUCACGACGUAUCUACUCAAACCGGGUCUUUGACCAGGUUCAUGAGAGACAAGCCCAAGAGGUCCAGAGUUUACGAGAACAGCUGAGCAGAGCCUGCGGAUGCACUGAUAAAUGGGCUGUUCAGAAGAUAAAGGGGCUUCUGCCAAUCCUGGAUUGGCUUCCUAAAUACCCAGUCAAGCAAUGGUUACCCAGUGAUGUCGUUUCUGGGGUAACCACUGGACUAGUAUGCUGUUUACAAGGUGUAGCUUAUGCACUGCUGGCCUCUGUAGCACCAGUCUAUGGACUCUACUCUGCGUUUUUUCCUAUUCUUACAUACUUUGUGCUGGGCACAUCCAGACACAUCUCUGUGGGUCCAUUCCCUGUCACCUGUCUGAUGGUGGGCUCUGUAGUUUUGACCUUAGCUCCUGAUGAACACUUUCUGCAUCCAGCGAACAUCACAGGUGUGAAUGAGACAGUGACCGAUGAAAGGUUAAUGGAGGCUGAUGUAGAGGCAAGAGAGGCCCAGAGAAUCAUGGUGGCUUGUACCAUGACGAUGUUGGUUGGAUUAUUCCAGGUGGCUAUGGGGCUGAUGCAGGUGGGCUUUCUAGUCAGGUAUCUCUCAGACCCACUGGUAGGUGGCUUCACCACUGCUGCUGCCUUUCAUGUCUUCAUAUCUCAGAUUAAAACCAUCCUGUCUGUUCCUAUACACAACCAUAAUGGAUGCUUCGCCUUUGCUUAUACCAUCAUUGAUGUAAUUAGGAACAUCAACCAAACGAACAUUGCGGACCUGAUUGCUGGAUUACUAACAAUCUUCAUUGUUAUGGCUGUGAAAGAGAUCAACACAAAAUUUCAACAUAAAAUCCCAGUGCCAAUUCCCAUAGAAGUGAUUGUGACAGUGAUAGCUUCUGCAGUCUCUCAUGUGAUGGACCUAAACUCUCAGUAUGGCGCCAGCAUUAUCCACAGCCUCCCCAGGGGGUUUGCACCCCCACAAAUACCAAAUAUAGCACUUAUUGGGAAGAUUUUGGGCUCUAGUUUUUCCACAGCAGUGGUUGGUUAUGCAGUAGCAGUCUCAGUGGCCAAAGUCUACGCAGCAAAACAUGAUUACACAGUCGACGGCAACCAGGAGCUGAUAGCUUUUGGCGUCAGCAAUAUUUUUGGAGGAUGUUUCUCAAGCUUUGUGGCCAGCACUGCAUUGUCACGGACAGCAGUACAGGAAAGCACAGGGGGAAAGAGUCAGGUUGCUGGUAUUAUCUCAGCUCUGAUGGUGAUGAUAGUAAUUUUGGCCCUUGGGCCAUUUCUUCAGCCUUUGCAGAAGUCAGUGCUGGCUGGCAUUGUUAUAGCCAACCUGAAGGGCAUGUUCAUGCAGAUCUCAGAAGUGCCUGUACUCUGGAGACAGAACAGAAUAGACUGUCUCAUCUGGAUAGCUACGUGCCUGGCAUCCAUUUUGCUGGGUCUAGAUGUGGGUCUGCUGGCUGGUCUGGUAUUUGAGAUGGGCACAGUGGUGGUCAGAACACAAUUCCCUUCUUGUGCCACUCUUGGAAAUGUCCCUAAUACUGAUAUCUACCAAAACAUGAAGGACUACAAAAAUAUUGAUGAAGUUCCUGGAAUAAAGAUCUUCAAGUGCAACUCACCCAUUUACUUUGCAAAUAUUGAUUAUUUCAAAGAGAAGCUGAGAGAAGAGGUGGGGUUUGAUGCAGUGCGGGUGUUCAAGAAAAGAAAUAAAGCUUUGAAGAAGAUUCACAAACUCAUUAAAAAAGGAAAACUACAAGUUACAGAAAAUGGUUUGGUGCCAGUGGCCUCACUGGGAGUAGAAAACCAAGCCUUUGAAAAAGAGCAGGUUUCUGAGCUGGACGAAGGGGCGUCUCAGUCAGACUCAGAGGCGAAGGUUCAGGUAGACUGGACGUCUGAGCUGCCUGUCAGUGUGUCAGUACCCACGGUCAAUAUUCACAGCCUUGUGUUGGACUUUUCUGCUGUCUCAUUCCUGGACGUGGUAGCAGCCAAGUCCCUCAAACUGGUGGUGAAGGAAUUCAUACGAAUUGGGGUCAGCGUCUACAUCGCAGGUUGUGAUGGUCAGAUGGUCAGGAGAAUGGAGGCCCUGUCCUUCUUUGACGAGGAGGUUACUAGAGACAUUCUCUUCCUUUCUGUCCAUGACGCCAUUCUAUUCAUUCAGCUGGAAACCUCCACUGGAAAUGAUGAGGAUCCUUUAGCUGAGAAGAUUUCACAGUUGCAAGAUGACAAAGAGCCACUUCCUGAAGAUGAGGACCUGAUUGAGACCUAUGACAUCCAGCACUUGGCUAUUUAUAGACUUUCAAACUGAGGAAACUCUCCCUUUGUUAAAAAUCACUGGGAAAGACAGUCAUUUGCUGAUAGGGGGUCAGGAGACAUCCUGGGAAGACAGAAAGUGGAGCUAACAAAGCCUUCAACAUCUGAACUAGAAGAAUAACACCAACUGCAACAUUUAGAAAGCAAGGGGAGUUUAGAUUUUUACAGCCUCAUUAUUGAGGCAAAUACAAGAUGACAAAUGCCAGUCAGCACAAUACAGGAUGUGGAGGCCCUUUUAGAUAGAAAAACACAUUAAAUCUGCAUUUCUGGUUACGAACUGUUCAAUAAAAGUCUUCAAAGAAGAGGAACAUUUAAUAUGUGGAAAUAAAUCACCUGAGAAAAAGUUUAAAUACAUUACAAUGUGUCUCUGUGUUUUA